CGCAGCCUCAGUGUAGGCCCACCAUCCCGUCAGCGAGCAGCCGUCCGCAGCACCAGCGAGCAGCUGCACGACCAGCCUACCGCCUUCGAACUUCGCCGCCGCCGAAAACUUCAUUCCGAAACUUCUGAUUUGCCUGGAGUGCCUGUGUGUGCCUGCGACCCCCGUUCGUCCCUUGACCCCCCCGGCCCCAGCAUGCCUCGACAGCGCGAGCUCAGCAUGCCGAUCCCCCGCUGGCAGAAGCCCGCCACCAAAUACUAUGACAACAACUACAGCUUCGGCAUGAACUUUUACCAGCCCAUGAUCGACUGGUUGGACGACCGUGACCGCGGACUGCGACCCCGUCCACCCCCCCACCUACCCUGGCUCAACGAGCGCGGGCUUAAAAAGUACGACCCAUCGCAGCAGGGCAUCAAGACGUACAGCGCCGGGAGAGCAGAGCAGCUCGCAGUAGAAGCGCAGCUCAGAGCCCAGGAGUCGCUGCGAGAGACCAAGGAAGGCCCCAUCUUCCACCCGCGGUCGCCGUUCUCGCUCGCCAAGCAAGUCGAAGUCGCCACCUCCCUGACCAAGAAGGUGCUGGGUCACUCGUCGUACGAGGAGCGCCACGCCGACAAGUACCUCAAGGAGAAGGAGCUCGCCGACCUCCGCCGCCGCACCGAGGAAGCUCUGCUAGACCUCAACCCGAGGAGGAUCAUGGCCACCACCGACCUGGAGAGCAGCUCCUACCGCGCCAAGUCCCGGCGCGCCAUCGCCAACGAGCUCAUCAUGGAGUCCAUGAGGCACCUGCAGGACAGCCGCACCGAGGAGCAGAUCCGCAAGGCCUACUCCGACACCCGGCGGGGCGUGCGCACGUACCAGACACCCUACUGGUUUCUCGCGGACGGUAGUGUAGUGGACAACCCCUACCUGAACCGGUCGCCGCGCCAGGUCGCCGGCGACAUCCUGACCGGCAGUCUCAAGGUCCUCCAGGAGUGCGAGACGACGGCGCAGGUGCGACACGCCCUGAGGACGGCCAGGAAGGACCUCAACCACUACUUUAACCCCAUCGAGGACAAGGAAGACAUCGAGGACAGAAAGAAGGAGAAAGCGAGACAGAGACAACUCCUGAUGAAGACACAAUUGCUGUUCAAGUGAUUUCCCUCCCCCUUUACUGCCCCUAACAAGCCUCUCCACCCCAUCCCUCAACUACCCGCAAUUGUAAAUAUUUUGCCCUUUUUGCUCAUUUUCUAAACAACCCCUGACAUUCCCUUGCCCCUUCCCCUUACCUACCAACCAUCACCUCCCCGUACCCUUAAACCCCCUACCACUUCACACUCUUCAUAUCCCCACCAUCCCUGACCCUUCUUUCCUCCCCAUUCCCCACCCCACCCUCUUGCUCCACUCCACUCCCUCCCCACCUUCCCUAAACUUGACUCAACUUCUUACUGUGAUCUUUGCCCCACCUUAUUAUUCACUUUCUUUAUCUCCUUGCUUAUACUAUCAUUCAUUUUUUCAUAAUCCACUUCAGUCCUUUCAUUUCUUCUCUUCGCCCCUUCCUCUCCAUCCUACCAUUCUCCUAGGGUAUUUUAACGUUCCUUUCCUGUGGAACUAUUAUUAUUCCUAUUAUUUGUAUAUUCUGUUAUUUCCUGUCCAACUUCGCUAUUUAUUGUUAUUUAUUUUGUGUAAAUUGCUGAGUAUUUGCUCUCUUUUCUUUGUUGUCUUGCUCUUUGAAAAUUAAUGCUCCGGCAGUGAGCGCACAGUGAUGUGUAACUACGAAAACUAUAUGAACCUUUACGAACUGUUUUACAAACCACUUCCGAGUUCGGACCUGAUCUUGAAAAGUGUUCAUGAUGUGAUUUUUUUUAAACCAGAGACUGCUGUAAGUUAUCGAAGUAGAGAUCAUGUUCAAGACUUUUUCCUCGUUUUUACCUACAUUAUAAAUUUAUGACCAAUAAAAACAUUUGUAAAACUUUA